AAUGUCGCAAAGAGCGGUGCAAGACUGCAAGUCUGCGAGUUAACCUUAUCGUGUAUGAAACCUUUCCUUUGUAUAUAAAUGCUGAGUAAAGUUAUCUCAUUUUGUUAGUGUUUACGGUUAUCUACAGCGCAGUGUUUAUUACUUUUAAAACAUGCCCUGGACAGGAUACCAGAAGUUCCUUGCCCUGAUGAUGGUAGUGACAGGGUCCAUCAACACUUUGAGCACUAAGUGGGCUGACAAAGUUGAAUCAAAGGGAUCAGAUGGUGUAGUUAGAGUUUUUGAGCAUCCUUUCUUGCAGGCAGCAGCUAUGUUUCUAGGUGAAAUGCUGUGCUUACUUGUAUUCAAACUGAUAUAUUUUAAGACCCAUAAUACAGGGGGCCACCAACUGACACAGGGCAACCAGAGUUUUAAUCCCUUCAUCUUGAUGCCAGCUGCAAUGUUUGAUUUGGUGGGGACCUCGAUCAUGUAUGUGGGCUUGACACUUACAUACGCUAGCAGUUUUCAAAUGUUUCGAGGGUCGGUUAUAAUAUUUGUGGCUGCAUUCUCCACUAUCUUCCUUGACAAACAAAUCAUCAAGAGAGAGUGGGCCGGCAUAGCUGGCGUGAUCCUGGGGCUGGUAAUCGUGGGGUCGACGGACGCCAUCUUCCGCGAGCCUGGCGAGACCAAGGGGCCCAACAGUCUCAUCACCGGCGACCUGCUCAUCAUCGUGGCGCAGGUCAUUACUUCCUGCCAGAUGGUCUACGAAGAGAAAUACGUUAGAGGGUUGAACAUCCCGCCGCUGCAGGCAGUGGGGUGGGAGGGGGUGUUCGGGUUCUCGACGCUAUCGGCGCUGCUGGUGGUGUUCUACUGGACGCCGGCGCCGCCGCACUUCGGACACAACGCGCGCGGCACCGUCGAGGACGCCAUCGACGGCCUGGUGCAGAUAGGGAAUAAUCCAGUCCUGUUAGUGGCGGUUCUCGGCACGAUAGUUUCCAUUGCUUUCUUCAACUUCGCUGGCAUCAGCGUGACGAAAGAAAUGUCAGCCACCACCAGGAUGGUGCUGGAUUCCGUAAGGACGCUGGUGAUCUGGAUGGUGUCGCUGGCGGUGCGCUGGCAGGUGUUUCACUGGCCGCACCUGCUUGGGUUCGCCGUACUCAUCUACGGCAUGGCGGAGUACAACGCGCUGGUGCCGCGCUGCAGACGCGCGCCCGUCGCCGCGCCCGCUCCCGCGCCCGCCAGCGCCGCCGCCGAACACGAGGAGGACCACGAGGAGCCCUAGCCCCGCUCCACCGAACAUAACACACUAACGCAUACAUAUUAUCAGUUGAAAUAUUUUAGUGUGUUCCCAAUCAGUCACAUCUUCGGGAACUCAAGCCUAACAUAUAUUUUUUUAAUAUAGUAUACUCAUUCUUAAGUUGUGCGCGUGAUAGAAUCUCAUUCAACGCAUAAAUAUUCCUCGAACCAAUGCGAAUAUUCUGGUGCCAGUUCCUAGUAUAGGAACAGUAAUCAGAGAAAUAAGAUGGUAUUAGACAUUUUAAUUUUAAAUUAUGGGACAAAAGACCACAUGUUCUAAAGCUAAAGAGUUUUUGGCGACGCAACGAGCAGUUAUACGUUGUAUAAUAGUGUGUUAAAAAAAUGACAAUGCAAUCACUAGUAACAGGAAUUGUUAAGAAAUAUUUAUUUUAGGCUAAAAAAUCAGUUCUCAGUGCCACGUGUGAGAGCGAAAUCGCAAAUGUUAUUGGAGUUAUUGUUAUAACAGCAAUAACAACAUGUUCGCAUAUUCUACUUUCCAGUUUCUAAUCUUUCUAAUUUAAAAGCCUUGUUAAUAUGAUUGCAAACAUCACUUAUUUAUAUAGGUACAGGAUGCUCGGGAAAAACACUAUUGAUAUUACCUAACUUAAUGUUACAAUUAAAUAAUCAUAUAGAAAAAAUUCUCUGAAGGUAAUUAUAAGUCAGUGAGCACUAUAAUGAUUCAACAUGAUUAGGAAAACACCGGUACAAUCCAUGGAGCUCUUUCCGAGCACCUAGUAUAUAAGAUUAAGUGCAUUUAUAGGUUACCUAUAAAAUGGGCAUGUCGAUAUUUUAAUAUUUAUACAUGCUCGCCAAGUCGCAGUAUAAAUAUACAGAAUGAUUUUUAAAUCACGAAUCACAACUUUACAUUAAAGUUUCCUGAUGAUAAUACAAAAGAAACACAAUUUGCUAGCUUCUUAGUUAUAUGUCAAUUAAUUAAUUAUUGUGAUCGCUUGUAUCAAAAUUGCCAGACUAAAUUAAAUUAAAAGAACUUGAACCAAGUAGAUACGUAAUUGUUAUAGAUAGUCUAUAACAGAGGUAUUGUUUUUUUUUAUUCAAAAUUUUAGUUUUAGCCUGUAUAUUUAGUUUUACACAUUUUAUUAUAUUUUCACAUAUAUUGGAUAUUAUUUACUUAGUAGUUUUAUCGUCAUAUGAAUUGGUAUUUGAGCAUGUCUUUAUGGGACCUGAUAUUCUGCAUUCAAUCAAGUUUAUAAUAUGGUGUUCAUUGUAUCUAAGUUGUCACUUGAAGCUAUAAAUAUAACUUAAGUUUAAUAAUCACGUCAGAUCAGUCAGUUUGGUGGCGAUAUGUCUAUUUUGUAAAAUAAGUAAUGAAUUACGGUGUGGAUUCUCCUUAGAAAGGUAAAAUACUAUGUAUUUAGUUAUGUAUACUAACUAUACUAAGACUGAGAUUUUCACGAGACACAUAAAUAUGGUACCUAAUAAUGUUUUGUUACUCAUCUUAUAAAACAAUUAUAUUGCAACUAUUGUCACGCAAUGAAAAUCGACAAGGUUUCUUUGCUAUUUUGGCUACAAAACCCUAAAUUCUACGUAUUUUACCAUCGCCCACAGUGUUAACUGACAGUUCGUAAAACUUAUUACAAAAGGUAUAAGCCCCACCGAUGGACAGUUACAGAGUGUUGCUGUUUGUAUGAUAUAUCAAUCAGUUAAAUAAAAGUAUUUUUUAAUUAUAAUUUUUAAGAGAAAUGUUAUUAUGUUAAACAUCUUUUCCUUAAUUUCGAACACUCCUGCUUGCUAAUGAUGCAUCAUCUACGCAUUAAUUUGAUUUACCU